AUGGCAGCCCGGUUGGAAGAGGACGGUGGCAUGAGCGAGGAAAUAUAUGAGGCAGAUGGUCAUUUACUUCCCCAAAUUCAGUUCAUCUCAGUCCAGCAACAGGAGUAUCAAGAGAAAAUUUUGCAAGUGCCCAUAGGGUCAAGUCACAUCCCGAACAAGCCACAAGAUCGCUUGCUAUCGGAAUUCUAUCUCUCACAAGAUAGGCGAACAUUGCUACGUGAUAUUAGACUCCUGAUGCGCAGCCGGCCAGUUGUUACUCCCAGGGUCUUGAAGAAUCUUACUCACGCCCCAGAUCUUUUAAGUCUAUUCGAAGUACUUCCUUACUGUGGUUACUCCUUCACAAGUGGGCCCUGGAAACAUGCUCUCGUAGCCUUUGGAAUUGACCCAAGGCAGGACCCUGAAUAUAGGAGAUACCAAACUUACAAGUUUCCGUAUAACUAUAACCCCAUCCCCCCAGAGGCUGAUGUGACAAUGCUCCAAACACGCGCAAUACCACCCCGUAAAGUGCUUCGGACUAACCACGGCGACAACUCUCACAUAUUUGAUGGAAAUCUACUAUUUACCGAUGACAAUGUUUGGCAGUAUUGUGACAUUUCUGAUGAUCAACUUUAUCGAAUUUGGUCGACAACCACAAUUCGUCCUGAUUUCUGUCCUCGGAAUGGAUUUUUCUAUAACGGCACGAACGCAAAACUAUGGGAAAUCAUGACUGACAAAAUUAUGACCAUACGAGACGGAGAAGAGCUUGCAGUAGACGAUUAUGAGUGUCUAUUGAGCAUCCCGGACGACUACAAAGAUGGUUCCCGCAGUAAAGAUCGCAAGAGAUAUGGCCUGGGCUUCGGGCAGAACUACACUCGCAAGCAAGCCUUCAUGAGAUCUUUGAUUCUGAAAAAGGCACAAUCCCUAUGA